UUUUGUUCUUCUCUUUGGUACUUUUGUGGACGUUUUGAUAAAGUUGAUAGAAUCUACAAAAGUGUUUUUUUAAUCCUACCAAAGUGCCAUCAAAUUGGUAGAAUCGAGCAACCAAAUACAACAAUAAAUAGCAUCGAAUAAUUUAACGUGUACUAGGAUUUUCAAAUUGAUAUUUAAUAAUCAAGAAUUAUAAUAAAAUGGGUUGUCCAUUUGAUCAAGACGCUAUUGAAAAAUUGAAAGCUUUCACCGACGUCUGCAGAAAUAAUACAGAUAUUUUACAUCUUCCGGCAUUAAGUUUUUUCAAAGAAUUUAUAGAAUCAUUUGGUGGGAUCAUUCCUGCUCCUAAAAUGUCGGCUAAGACUGAAGAAUCCAAGACUGAACCCAAACCGAAAGCAACCGAGUAUGAAAGUGAUCCUGAAUCUGAUUUAGAGCUUGAUAGAGAAGGCUGCAUCGAUCCUGAUGAGCUUGUUGACAUUGAAAUGGGAGGUGAAAAAGAAGAACUUACAGAUGAGGAGAUGGAAAAAGCUCAAGAACUCAGACGCAAAGCUAUCGAGUUCUUCAAUGAGGGAAAAUUGGAGGACUCCAUCUCCACUUUUUCUGAAGCCAUUAAAGUAGACCCAACUUCAGCAUUAUUAUUUUCUAAGAGAGGACAGGCUCAUCUGAAAUUGAAUAAACCAAAGGCUUGUAUAAGAGAUUGCACCAAAGCUUUAGAACUGAACCCUGAUUCUGCAGCUGCCUAUAAAUUUAGGGGCAGGGCUUACAGGUUGUUGGGAGAAUGGGAGCAAGCUGCUAAGGACUUGAGACAGGCUUGCAAAAUAGAUUUUGAUGAACAGUCAGAUGAGUGGUUGAAAGAGGUAACACCAAAUGCCAAGAAAAUUGAACAACAUCGUUUGAGGAAUGAACGUAAAAAACUGGAGAAGGAGGAACGUGAAAAGUUGGAGAGAAUUCAGAAAGCUAGGGAAGCAAGAGCUAAGGCUGCUCAAGAAAGUCAGCAGCAAGGCAACAUUCCUCCUAUGGGAAAUAUGCCUGGCAUGGAUGGUCUGAAUAUGGGAGAUUUCAAUGAUAUCUUAAAAGAUCCUGAAGUAAUGGCUGCCUUACAGGAUCCUGAUGUAGCUGCUGCAUUUAGGGAUAUCUCUUCGAAUCCAGCAAAUUUGAUGAAGUAUCAAUCAAAUCCCAAAAUAAUGAGCCUGGUCUUGAAGUUAUCAUCUAAAAUGAAUCUUGGAGCUAUGGGUGGAGGUUUCCCUGGGACGUUCCCAGGAGCUGGUUUCGCUCCUCCCAAAAGUGCACCCCCAAACAAUGCUUUCCAAGAUGACAAUUUGGAUUAAAAUUGUUGAUUUCAUAUUACGACUAGAUUUGUCAUCAUUAUUUUCCAAAAAAUGCUUCAAAGUACCUAUUUUCAUGUUUCAGUUGUGAAGUUCUUAUGAGAUUCUGUAGAUAUUCAUGAAAAGGAUUUAUGUAUAAUGAAAUACAGAGCUAACCAGUUGAAUUAUCAAAUUUGAACGAUUAUAUUUUUUCUGUAUAAUAAAGGAGGUUGCAAUCGAA